AUGUAAUAAAAUGAAAAUGAUUCUUAACACGAUGAUCCUUAACCAUUGCAAGAGGAAACCAAAGAACAAUAAUAACUUGAAAAUAAUAUGGAGGUUAACACAAACUAAGAACAACAAAAUGAAACUGACAAAUAAAAUGAGCAAUUAAAUGUUACUUCCUAAUUUCCAAAUCACGAAUAGUAAGAAGUGAAUAAUGAAAAAACUGUGAUGGACACUGAGUAAUAGGGUGAUGUGAAAGAGACCCCAAAUAAGAAAGAGGAGAUCAUCAAAUAAGAACAAGCAGAAAAUGAGUAAGAAAACAUAAACAAAGCUAAGUUAAGUAAGCAAAAUACAAUCAAUAACCAAAAUCAGGAUCCCUCUCCUUCUAAUAAUACCACCAUCUAAUAGGACAAUACCUAACAGAAUAAUAAAGUGAAUUAAUAGGAGUAGCAAUAGACUAAGGAGUAAAAACAAUAGGAAAAGAAGGGGGAGGAGAAUGAUUAAGAAAAUUAGGGAUAAAGAAAAAAUUAAAAAAAGAAGACGACCAAAAGGAGAACUACAAAAGUUGAAAUCUAAGAAACUUAAGAAAAGAACAAUCCACCUUAAUCGAGCACUAAUAUUAACGAGGAGAAAGAAAAAGAAGAGUAAGAAUAAAUUUAGCAAAAAAUUGAAGAAUAAAAGUAAAAAGAAGAAUUGCAGAGAAAAUAGGAAUAAGAAUAGUAACAAUAAUUAUAAAGAUAAAAAUAGUUGGUUGAUAAAGUUUAUAAGGACCUGAUUUUUCCCCUUAAGAGAUCUUAAAAUAAAAAUGGUAAAAAAUUAGAUUCUAGCUUUGAAAUUUAAAGCGAAAAAUUUACCCUAGAGUUGGUAAGGUGUAAAAGUGCAAAAAGAUAUUAAAGAGAAAGAAAGCCAAGAACAAGAAGUGCUAUUAAUUAGGAGCUAUUAGACUUUUACAAUAAAAUCAAUCCUCAACAACAUAAAGAUCAAAGCAAAAUGACUCCAAAUACAUUACAAAGGUUAAAAAAAUAAUAGGAAUUAGAAUAGAUGAAGAAAGAUUGCGAAAGAUUGGAAGAAUAACAAAAUUAAUAAUAAAAUGCCUUCUCUUAACCAUAAAAAGAGAACAAAUCUAAAACUCAGAAUAAAUAAAGGGCUUCAACUUAGGCCAAGAAGAAAUUGGAAGUCAUUGUGAGAAAACGUAAAAAGAUUAAGAUUAGAAAUGGUCUUAGAGAAAGAAUGCUAAUUGACAAAGAUAAGGAUUCUUAAUUGAAGGCCUUAGAUUUCAUUAGAAAAAUGCAAUAGAAUAGAAUGGCAGCAGAAUAAAAAAGAUAAGAAUAACUUGAAAAGAUUACUAACAAAAUUUCAAGUGACAUCGAAAGUUUAAGAUAAGGCAGUCAAAUAUAUAAGUAGGAGUAAUAAAAAUAAAAACGAAAAUAAGCAUUGGAAUAAAUUACAAAACAAGAAUAAAAAAGGUAUGAAAUGAUGGUAGAACAACAGAGAAAUGAAAAAUUUGUGAGAGAAUUAAAAGAAAAGUCUGCAGUCAGCAGUCAUUAUAGUGUCAAAAAAUUGGCAUUAGGUUAUUCACCCUCUCUUGUUACAGAAUUAGAAAAUGGAUAAAUCUAAAUUGAAUAAAGUAUUGAUACAAAUAGAAAAAUAAAUGAAAAUCAAUUUUUACUUAAAGAAGAAUAGAAAUAAAAGAUAAAAGAGAAUAAAAUGAAAUAAUAAGAUUAUAGCAAGUAAGUAAGUUUGUUACAUUUUCCUAAAGUAAACAACAAGAAAAACUAUGAAUUGCUUAACGAAUAUCUCUCUACUGAAAAUAAGGAAGCCUUGCCUUAAAUUAAAUAAAAACGAAAAAAGGCUUGGUAAAUAGAAUAAGAAUUGAUGUAAAAGAAGCAUCAAAAUAACGAAUAAUUGAAGGAAUGA